AUGUCCGGAAUCCCAUCGCUUCCCAAAACUUUCGAUGACCUUCCUGACAGGCGCCGGUAUUGGCCUGCGCGUGCUGGCUCAGAAGAAGAGGGCCUCGGCAUGUUGCGCAUCCUAACGCCAGAGAUCGUCGCAGAGGCCGCACGAACGCAGAUCCAGACUGGCGAACGAGUGUGUCUAAACUGGGACAUUGAGAAUUUGAACCCACCAGGAUUCGGUCGCAAGCCCUUUGAGCACCGCAUCAAAUGGGUCGCCGAGGGCGUUGCAUUCGACGAUGAAUACCACUUUAACCCUCAACAAUCCUCGCAGUGGGACGGCUUCAGACAUCAUGCAAAUAAAGACGGUGUCUUUUACGGAGGCACGACGGCCGAAGAAAUCAAAGACACGCAAUCUCCUCGCAUUGGAAUUGGAUACUGGGCGAAGAAGGGCAUUGCAGGUCGUGGUGUAUUAAUCGACUACGUCUCCUACGCCCAGAAGAAAGGCAUUCCUCUCAACGCGCUCACACGACAAAUGAUCUCCCUAGACGAGGUUCAAGAAAUUGCAAAAGAGUGCAACAUUACCUUUCAGAAGGGAGAUAUAUUCUUCCUUCGCGUUGGUCUGCCAGGAACAUGGGCAGCAAUGUCCGCACAGGAACGCAAGGCGUACAGCGAGCAACCAACGCCACAGCACGCCGGAAUCGAGCAGAGUGAGCGCGUGCUGCGCUUCAUAUGGGAUAACCACUUUGCGGCCGUUGCGUCUGAUGCAGUGAGCUUCGAGGUUUUCCCGGCAAUCAAUGAGGAGUAUGAUCUGCACCAUCACCUGCUAGCGGGGUGGGGAGUGCCGAUUGGGGAAAUGUUUGAUUUGGAUGAGUUGGCGGCUACUUGUGAGAGGUUGGGUCGUUGGAGCUUCUUUAUUUCGAGUAGUCCGUUGAAUUGCGCACGGGGUGUGUCUAGUACGCCUAAUUGUAUGGCUAUUUUCUAG